AUUAUUCUUCAUUCGCAAAUCGUUUAUCCCAAACAUUCUUUUCCCAAUUUUAUCAGGUUUAAGAUAAAUUUAACCAUCAAAACACACUUUCAUUAUGGCUUUGGCAAUGCAGAAAAGGAACAAUGUGCGAUUACCUCCUGAGGUGAACCGGGUAUUGUAUGUGCGUAAUCUCCCCUACAAGAUCACCUCCGAUGAAAUGUACGAUAUUUUCGGGAAAUAUGGAGCCAUUCGGCAGAUAAGAGUGGGCAAUACACCGGAAACUCGUGGAACUGCCUUCGUCGUUUAUGAGGACAUCUUCGAUGCCAAGAACGCCUGUGACCAUUUGUCUGGGUUUAACGUGUGUAACCGGUACCUGGUCGUGCUGUACUACCAAUCGACGAAGGCCUUCAAACGAUUGGAUGUUGACAAGAAGCAAGAGGAACUGGACCAGAUGAAGGCUAAGUAUAAUAUCAAUUCGGACGAUUUGCGGAAAUAGAUACGUAGCGUAACAUAUUCUCAACUAAGAUAGAUAUGUGUAAGUUGUAUUACAAUAUAAAUUAACUAAAAAUACAAUAUCAUUUAAGGA